AUGAAGACUGCUACGUUGCUUCCUCUAGCUUUGUGCAGUACCGUCGCCUGGGCGUUUACUCCAUCCAGCCCGACACGACAACGUAUCGGGCGAGCAUCGAAAUCGACGAGCUUCACCGGUAGCAACUUGGGACCGGCCGAGGCUUGGUCCGCCUACAACGGAGCCCUCGAGGCGAAUCCUUUGAUUGUCAAGUCAGUCACUGCCGGUAUCAUUCUGGGAGCAGCUGACUUGGCAGGGCAAACUCUAGAGGAUUUUCAAAAGAAACAAGAAGGUGAUGCGCAAGAAGCGCUCGAGGAAUUCGGGAUUGAUUGGCUUCGCUCGGCGCGGUUUGCUAUCUUUGGGCUCGUACUACAGGCUCCCUGGAAUCACUUCUACUAUCUGGCUUUGGACGGACAGAUCCCUCCCACCACAGAGCCCUUCACCACCACCAACGGCAUCAAAGUUCUCAUCGAUCAGUUUGUACAAGCUCCAAUAUUUACCGUGUUGAUCUUUGUAUUCUUGGGGACUUUGGAAGGCAAGACUCCUAGCGCCAUUAAGAAUCAACUGAAUAACGACUACAAGGACACUAUCUUGGCCAAUUGGAAACUAUGGCUGCCGGCGACUGUCAUUAACAUUGGUUUUGUACCUCCAUUGUUUCGAGUGCUCUAUUUGAAUGGAGUCUUCUUCUUUUGGUCUAUUUACCUUUCGCUAAAGCUCAACAAAAAGGACGAAGCCUAA